AUGAAAAGUAAAGAUCUCCAACAAGUGGUUUUUCGUAAAUAUGAAGAUGGUGAUAGUCCUACCAAAAUCUUUCGUGAUUUAAAUGGUUCGUUAGGAUUAGCCAUCAUAAAAAGAUGGCGUAAGAUGAUCCGUGAAACCGGUUCUAUCCAGCUAUUGAAACCACCUGGCGGUCCACGUUUUGCUCGAACUAUGGUGUCGGUUCGAAGUUUGACUAAGGAUUAUCCCAUAUCAAAAUCAAGUGUACAUCGAAUAUUAAGGGAAGACCUGAAACUUCAUGCCUACAAGAUGACUGUCGAACCAAAAAUUACGGAAGAACCCAAAACCAAACGAAAAAAAUUCGUUAAUUGGGUCGGUAAUAACUUUCGAAAGGAGGACACGAUGCGUAUCUUGUUUUCGGAUGAAAAAAUGUUUGAUCUCGACGCAAUAUAUAAUUCCCAAAAUCAACGUAUCUGGGUUGCUAGUCGAGAUGAAGCAGAUGAAAAGGGUGGUAUCAAAAUGAAACAGAAAUUUUCGCAAAAGUUUAUGGUCUGGCUCGGCGUUUGCUCCGAAGGAAUGAUACCAUUAGUUAUUUUUGACCAAGGGACAAUGGAUCACGCUAGAUAUAUCCAAAAAGUUCUUCCUAUUGCAUUUAAAUACGGAAAUAAAACCUUUGGAGAGUACUGGACAUUUCAACAGGAUGGUGCGAAACCUCAUAUCCAUCAGCUAACGCAAAAAUGGUGUCAGGAUAAGUUUCCAUCAUUCAUAGAUAAAGAUCAUUGGCCACCGAAUAGUCCAGACCUAAAUCCAUUGGACUAUUGCAUCUGGGAUGAGUUUGCACAGUAUCUGAGCUGGGAGAAAGUGAUAUCAAAACCCACAUUAAUUGAUGAAUUAAAACGUGCUGUUUAA